AUGGCUUUGGCCGCAUCUUAUUCGUCCCAUCUCGUGAUUCUCCAUCUUCAGCUUAGAAUCUGGUGCUUUUCUGGUAGUUCUUCGGCCCUACAGCUCAAAAUCUCUUCAGCAACACCACAACAUGCAAUCCAUCGGCCCUGUCUCGCAACUGCGUCAAUUCGGAACAAGUCACAAUGGAUUCAAGAUGGAUACUGCUAG